AUGCCCGGAUCGCGCAUACCCGAACAUAAGCUGGCUGUGCGACGAGACGACACAUUAUCACAAAUGGCCUCCCACACCUACGAAGUGAGUCACGAGUUUAACAUCGCAGCCACCAAAAUGGUCGUACACGCCGGAAAUAAAACAGACCGAGAACUGAUUGAAGCCUGGGCUUCGGAUGAGGACUCGGUCAAUCGAUUUAUCGAUCUGGCGCCGGCAUACAGAGCUCUGCGUAGUCAACUCCAGUCUUGUACCCUCGGCCGAUGACUGGCCUGCAUGUCUUAUAACUGUCGCUUGUUCUGUUGCUGCUACUAACUCUGACGAUGGAUUUCUGCACGAGUCUGAAAUUUCAGGACAAUAAACACGGUUAACUUUGUACAUGUUCACUCCUUCAUGUAAAUGCAUUGGCCUGACGAAGAAUUACCGGAAACACGUGUUAGUCAAUUUGACUUUUCAGUAAACGAAGUGUUCCAGAGUCUGGUCGGUACUACACAAUCUUGCUAUCACGUGCAUGCCACCGCACGUUAGAGAUCAUCAGUGACGACGGUCGAACUGUUGGUAUGUGGUUGCUCCAAAGAGACGCUUUAGUUCUCCCACUUUGUCGGCCUCUCUUCACAUAAAUUUCUCCAAGAUGACUUCAAGGUGAACUAUUUCGCGCUUUGUCCCGCGCCUAGUUGCGUGCAUGUCCAUUACUCUUUAUAUUACAGGACUGUCCUGACUUGAUACAACAGUCUAAAACGGCCUUCACCCCUCCACAAACGCCGAUGACGCUAUUUCAUGAAGGAGUCUAUUGAAAAUCUGGCAAUGUUCAACGAUAGGACCGAACUGAAUUAGUUUGAGGAAUUUCAAAUAAUGACAUGUCGAACUCCUAGGGAAAGCUUGCGGAUUAGCAGGCAAAUUUAUCUGAAAGAAAUGGGUAUUAUGACAGUGCAUUGAUUUUUGUCGUUCCAUUUAAUGGAGUAUGUUAGUAUAUGCUCGCGGUACAUGCCAUCAUCGAAAUUACUACUUAGUCCAUCGGUCUUUAUUUGCGGAUUUCACACUACUUAAAAGGAUUCAGUAAAAACGACUAUGCAAUCUAAGGAACGGACGCACGGUACCGUCUUAAUGCGCUGUCACCGACAAGACAAGCGUGAGCAUACAAAGAAACUCUCCACAUAUUCGUCAGCGUUUUUCUAAUGACAAAUUUAGAAUACAUGCGCGACCAGAAACAUAAAUUUGGCCUAGAAUAUUGUAUGUAAGAAUCAAUAAAACGAUCUUAAAUCGUACCUUAGAAUGGAGUAAAAGCAUUCAGGUGUUCAAAAGAUAGACCCAAAUUACAUCAGCAUAACAGAUGCUACGAACUUUUAAAAGGGCAAAAUGAUUUUGGAUACUGAUAAUCAAAAGGAUUUCACGCAUUUCAGUGCAGUUCUGUGAAUGAAGAUGAUAUCACCGAAGAAGAGAGUAUAUCGGUAGAGGAAAUCCCUGCAUUCAAAGUGCAUCGACACGUUGAUUAAUAACAGCUCGACGAUCGAGAAUGUAGGAAGAGCUUUCGGACUGAAACUGGAAUCUUUCAUUCCAAAGAAUGUACUCUGAGUCAGUGCAUAAAUUUCUGAAAAGAUCAAAUAGUAUGAAUUCAAAAUCUGAAGUAUCUCCUGGAUGAACCGAUCCCCUCACAAACGUGUCAUGUAACGCAAAAAAUUGGCGAAACACGCGUCAAGAUUUUAAAUCAUGUAACAGAUUGUAAGGAAGAUAUUGCGAGGAAUUAUUCCGAAACGUUGCCUGUACUACCAAAAAGUGUUCGCAAUUCUACUGCAAUAAAGUAAUUAAUGCUUAUUGAAGAUUGGGCGAUUAUUCGACAGUAACAGAGGGUGGGGGAGGCGCUCACCGAUCAUACUUACGGAACUCACUCGUUCCGUUGUGCUUUAUGGGUUCUCCCUCGAGCCUGAUAAUAAAACUGCCUAUACCAUGCGCCGCUAUGCGGCUGCUGUCUGGGCUCGAGAGAGAGAGAGAGCCCGUAAGGCACAAUGAAACUUGUGAGUUCUAUAUUAACGAUCGGUGAGCAUCCGUCUACCAUUGUAUAUUCCCGAUCGAAAACCGACAGGACAACGGGCUCGUGGCCCGGUGGUUAGUGGCGUGGACUUCUAACUAACAGGUCACGAGUUCGAGCCGCGGGUUUUCCACACUUCGGGCUUGGGUAUGACUGGCUGACAACGGCUAAUAAGCUAGAAAUGGCCCUUCCAGUCUCCCUUGUCUUUGUCGGUAAGAAUAUACUGCCUAGUAACUGGGGGCUUUAAGUCAACACAUUCAUAUCAAAUUUCCCGAUCGAGCCUGAAUACACGUGGCCACUCCCAUAACGAGUCGACCAGCAGUCUCAGACCAGUCAACGGCGCAUGUUAGAUAAAGAAGAUCGUGGGCAAACGGCUGUGACUUGCAAGGUGGUUAAUAAACCGGAUAACUCCGUCUAACUAGGGACCGACCUGGUUGAAAGGACGCCUUAAAUAUGCGACUUCCUAGGCACAUUCGUCUAUCUGAAAUGCACGACCCCUCACUGAGGAAUGCUUGGACGGAAUCGAAUAUGAACACUUGUAUAACAGAGGCAGAUACCGUCUGUGCACUCGUAGACGUUGAUGCUUUCUGCCCGGCUACUGCACCCAUUUUCAUUUCGGAUCAUUAAGGCCCCACCCCCAACAAACGUCUGUUUCCCAAUGAACAAAGUGACACGUAGGUCUCGUGGUUGUUCAAUGGACUUGAUCGUUUUCUCCAUUUGAAUUCUGGGUCAACAUACCUAAAUUAUAGGUUGUAAGUCGUUGGGCUUCUUUUCACACAAAAACAAAAAGCGAGCCCUGUCCACAAGCUUGAAGGCAGACUGCCUGUUGUGCAGCAAACUCCUGUAUGGGAACCGAGGAUGGCAACGAUAGAGUGUAGGACCCCCAGCUAGCCUGAGCUAUUCUGUGCCCCGUGUCGUACGUUGAAUGGUUGUAGAAGGGGUUUCACUGAUGGGGCAACAAACAGGACGGAGAGCAAGGAAUUUCUGUCGAAAGUCUUAUUGUACGCUGCCAUUCGACAAAGGACGUAACAGCGUUAAUGGAGAACAAAUAAAAUAAUAAAAUAACACAUAAAAACAAAUGACAAGUAAUGGACCUUGAAUGAGGUACCGCUGGUAAGUUUACACUUGACCAAGAAUUGAAGGAAAUUUCAAACAAUGGGAACGAUAAAUAAUGUGGGAUGUUUACAGUCACACGGAAUUUUUGUGUGUAAUUUUGGAGUUGCCAUCUACUAAGGGGUCCUACAGCCCAUCGUUACAGUUCGGAAAAAAUGCUAUUCUAUAACUGCUAUCGACAGGCGUAAUCACCACGUUGCAGAUCUGUUUGAUUGCCUCGGAAACUAAUGCGCAUGUCCCUUGCUGGCAGUACGGUAGCCGGCUAACAAUUGUCAUCCCUCCAACCACCUGCCAGCAUCUCUUUUGUUCCGCGGUAGCUGAUGGAUUUCAGCCCAAAUAUCCAUUUUUACUCUUGGAACGAGCCCAAAAAGCUCCGUUCCAAAAGAUCGACUCCGAGGUGACACAGUAGUUUUCAAGCAAAUUAAAAAUGACAGCAAGCACCAGAAAACACUUGAACGACGGUGGGGAUGGGACUCCCUGAUGAGCCGAGCCCCUCAAAUUUGGGUUAUGAAGACGCACAUUUUCAGUAAGACACGCCUGCCUGGGCUUUUAGCUACUACCUGUUCUGUCGCGUCAGUCAAUUAUUCGGGCAUUUCAUCAUUCGCCUCAAGUUCAUGGCUACGAAAGAUUGUCGAGCUUCCCGCAAAAUCAUCCUGGGUCAUGUCCUAAAUUAUUCCAAAAUUUUAUCCUUAAUAAUGGCGAAAUUUCUAAAAAACGACGGAAAUAAAGAAACUGUUGUAGGGAGCUAACUGGGGCUCAGAACAAUCGUUCUUGAUUGCAUAGGAAAGUAACAUCGCCGAAAAUAUUGCACCAAUUAAUUUUGCGGAUAAUGUUGCCGUCGCUUCCUACUUAAAUUCAUAGUUCGUUCCGUAUUUGGAGUACACAAAAACUGUAAAACCAUAAAUGGCCCAGGCAAAAUGGAGAGGAUUCAUGUCCAUCGCGUGUAUAUCCACUGACGAACACGAGUAUUAAUACCAGUCAUUACUGUGCAGUUAUUUGCCAAUGGGUCAUUUCAGGUUUAUUUGGCGUCAGGAGGGAGUGAAAGUACAAGUUCAAUUACAGUCAACUGUAAGAACGCUGCGUUUGCCCAUCAGUAACAGGUGCAAUUACAAGCUGCAACCAAAUAAAUAGUAGAAACCAUAAAAUCUGUCUUUAAUCUUUAGUACCGCUAAGUAUAAGCACGUCAACCCCGCAUGUUGCAGCCUUAACGGCUAAGCGUUUAAAUGUUUAGCCCAAUCCAGCACUCCUCACGUCUCUCGAAAAAUUAUAAAACUAAAUUCUCCAAAUGUGUCUCAGUCCGCCUCAGCUCGUCAAAAAUGAACCUCAAAUAUAAUCUAAUGCACCCUGACAUGCAAAAUCUGACCGUCUGUGGUUCGAAACUAACGCUCAUCAUGCCAAAGGCAUAAUCCUGCACGGUUGUGUGAAUCCUCGGAUUGAUAGUCUCCAGAUCAUUGUGUUCAUUUCCUUCGUAGAGGACCCUGUCACAGUCUAUUAAUAAGAAAUCACCCUGCCUACGAUAACCUUCUUUGCCAGCACUCUUCUGCCAAUCGACUGGGGACAGGUUGCUAAAAUUAACUCAUUCAGAGUGCGUACUUUUACCUUCCACCAGAGCGUCAGAGCGCAGCGAGUCAUAAGCGCAGUCGCUGCUGGCUUAUUUCCAGCUCAAAUCAGUUUGAGAACACCACUUUUGCAGACACAAUCUGGCUUGCCGCCUCGUUGAGCGAUUAGAUAGUUGGCAGCACGGACCUUCGCCGCUAAGCACGCGCCGUCUUCGUCGUUCAGGAGAAGAACUAGCUGGCUGACUUGAGCCAUGUGUAAGCAUUUUGAAUACACUACUGGCAAUGGUGUAGAUUUGAAAAGUAGAGUCCCGAUUGCACAAAUAACACAGUGUCAACCUCGCUGGUGGCCGUUGACAUAUACGCGUCAAGGAUAUCGAAACAUGCAGGAGAUUAACAUUUUCAAAUGUGCGAAACAUAGUCUAAGUGCUGGGGUUUAGGAGUUCCUACGAAGAUGAUGUGAUCAUAUCCAAAAAUAAAGUGGCCUACAUUUAUUGAGGUUAUUAAUCCUGCGACCAAGGAAGAUGAGGUCAGUACAAUGCAUAUACAGCAGCAGGGACUUUGAAGUACUUGUGUACAAACUUCUAAGUCACACUGAAAUUUAUUAUUCACUAGGUGACCUAAAUCCUGAAACAUUAUGACAGAAUCUGAGAUGGGAAUUUUCAGACGCCCAAAAACGUCGUGCAUUUUGCUCCCGCGUCCAGCCUCUUCCAGAAAGUACACUUUUCUUACGAAGAAAAUGCGUCGACGCAAUUUUUAUCAAGCUAAAGUUUCAUAAAUUUGAGCGAAACUGGGCGCUGUGAUAUGUUCGGGAAAUGUUCUGUGCAAUUGCAUAUCCCAGACUUCAGCUGCGCAUCUGAGAAUGUCCUUCAUUGAUAGGAGAGUUAUUCACUCUCGAGAGUUCUACUAAACAGAGGUUGCCGCACCUGAAAAUUGCCUUAUUGCCUGCUGCCUCAAAGGUUAUUUAAAGUGAACCCGACGUUCGAUCGAUAUUUGGAUGCCAGAUUAGCAAACCUGUGCGAUUUCAUGCUCGAAGGUGUCGUCAUAACGCACACAGGCACACACGGUAGCUGAGAUUUUAGACCACUUUUUUCUAAAUUUCUAAGUCACUCUACAAUUUAUUAUGCAGUAGGUGACCUAACUCAUGAAACUUUAUGACAGAAUAUGAGAUGAGAAUUUUUAGAAACCUUCAACGUUGCACAUUUUGCUGACUUGCUGAGUCUCAUCAAGAAAAUGCUUUUUUUCAUGUACAAUAUGUAUCUGCGUAAUUUUACCAGUCAAUAUGAUCAUAGAUUUGAGUUUAAAUGAGCGUUGUGACGUAUUCGGGAGAUUUCCUAUGUUAAUACAUGCCAUAGACUUUGAUUUUAAAUCUGAGCACCUCUUUCUUUGAGAGGAGAUUAAUUUACUCUCAGGGAUUUUACUAAACAGAGCUUGCCGGACUUUAAAACGGAUUUUCUGUUCGAUCCUUACCGUGGGAGUGAGCUUGCUAAAACAAAGGUUAUGUCAAGAGAUACAGAUGUUUUAUCGAUUUUUAGAAGUCAGACUAGCAGAUCUGUGAGAUCACUUGUCUUAAUGCGCAGUAAUAACGCUCACAGGGAAUCGUUUGUUUAAAUGACCAGAAAUUGUUUUGCCAUUUGGAAAAUGAUAUGGGUUGCCACAGAUAGGACUGUCACCGGAUGGUCAUUUUCAGUUUUAAACAUAUAAAACAUUACUUUUCGUGCGGUCUAGCUUUUAUACAUGCAAACAUUAGAAAUGGCACAAGCCAAGCAUUAACUGUUCCAACGAAAUACCAGCCUAUAUAUGGCCACUAUGCCAUGCAUUCAUAUUCGUAGAACACGGUCUAUAAAAAUAGACCCAAUAUAAAAUGAAAGACAGUUUUAUUCAGCAACAUGAAAGAAACGCCCAAAAGUGUCUAAUUGCUUCUUGGUUUAAUCGUGUUAAAAUCAAAGUCCAUAGAUAACCAUCAACGGAACGCACAAUUAAAACACCCCUUGAAAGGUUACUUAUUAGAGAAUGUUUUCCAAUCGAUCGAAAGUAUGUUCUCUGCUGACUCCUGUUGUGUACGCUCAUUUCAUUGGACUACGAGGUUUCAUAUUUGAGUGAUUCUUCAAACGACCAUCUGCUUGAACGUCAAAACACUCACUACUUCGGUGAAUGCCUUCAAGAAGUAUCGCGUUUUAAAUAUUUUAAUAGACCAUAGGCAGAAUCUUCUUUGUGGCCGGUCUACUGAAAACACUGAAACUCAUGAAGUAACCAGCGAUACUGCAAGGCCGAUCUGAAACUCAACGUAAUCCAGGAUAAAGGAAAGGUGGAACCUAAUUUUACGGAAGGAAAAUUCUCUUUAUACACACCUGAGGGGUGUCUCUGCUAUGUGUGUAAUCACAAAUCCAAGUGGUGUUUGAGGGCGACUGAUGGCUUCUGAGAAGUUUUUCGCAGACGAGCGCACCAAAUCUGAAGUUGGUUGAACUGGGUGUCUCUUCGCGUUUGCACAUGCUCUGGUUAAACAUUCGCUCUAAGUACCCCUCGAAGGUACCGCAGUGCGACGAUAGCAAUCAGGUUUCGGCUCAUCCGACGGGACCCGGCUACACUUUCAAGCCUGACGGAGCGGAAGUUCUCGUUAAAGGUGACGAUCGCGUGAGCGCCGGCUGCCUGAAGCAUGGUCCCCUGGCCGUCGUCCAUUAACAAGUGCAAUGACCCACAAUCUCCAUAUUCUAUGUUGAAACCAGACCUACACAGAACAAUUGGCCCCGCGAGAAGGACGUGGUCGGCCAACAUUUACAGUAACAGUGAGCCAAAUUGCGACUAAUCAUCACGUCAAGAAUCGACAACUGCGACGAAAUUACGGUGAUUACGACUCGAUUGUGGACUGACGAGCAGUCAUCACAUUAAGUACGACCCUCAAGGAUGAAUGUGAACAUUAUUAUCUAUUAUAGGCAUAUGACUUCCUGGUCAUUGCGUCCUAUAAGUACUGCGUCGACUAUGCCACUACCCCCGAUGAUAGGUUCGGUGAGAAUAAGAAACGUAAGACCAAUAGGCUUCUUCUUUCAGCGAUUGCAUUUUCUUCGUCGGAACUGCUUCCUGGAACUCGCUUGUCCACUUUUAUCGACAGUGCUCUGGGCAUGUCCCGCAAGCGUAGGCGGGCUGUUUAGUUUUGUUCGCGACGACACCCAUCCUUGCCCCCCGGUCGUCUUGACAUUGUCGUGUCAGCGGAUCGGGGGGUAGUGGAGGGGAGAGUGUGGCAGAUGCUACACAAGUUUGUCCCAGCGUAAGCACAAGGUACCCGUGCUGUGUCCACUCCGUUGGACAUGCAGUUGAUGGCUUUGUUUGUGACAUUUGAGGACCGUCGCCUCAGAUUUCAAAGGAGCCGGCUUUCAUGUGAGGAACUCUCAUCAGGCUCAUGUAUGGUAUCUGCCGCAUGGAUGCAAGUAUCGCCGAUUUUAUUCCGUUCCCAAACAGUUCUCGGCGGUUCAGGCCAUUUUAUGCAGCGGAAGAGUUCCCCUUAUUUCAAAAGAGAUUAAGGCAUUGGGCAGGGUGUCCACCCGGACAUAGACAAUGGCCAAUAAGCUUCCAUUUUCUGUUUCUAGGACAUCCAUCAUUCCCUGUUUCCAUAUUCUCUUGGGAUUUUUAGCACAUAUCUUAAUGUUUCUGAAACAAAGAACACAUUUCAAAAUACUUGGAGAAUUCUGAAGGCGUUUGCUUACAGAAAAAUAGCAACGAGAAAGCCAGAGUUGGACCAACACAUUAAAUGCCCAGUGGUUAGAGGCUUGGACUUCUAACUAACAGGUCGUGAGUUGCAGCCUCGGGCGUUCCACACUUCGAGGUUGGGUAUGACUGGCUGACGACGGUUAAUAAGCCAGAACUGGCCAUUCCAGUCUCCCUUGUCUUUGUCAGUAAUGCCUUUCUACUGUGAAAUUGGUUGACAACAAAUUCAGCUCAGUCAUUUACGUCAUUCAAUAACCCAUUGUCCUCUAACUCAUCAGACCACAUUUUGCCUUUAGUGACAGCCUAAUCCGUGAUCCGCACAUUCAACUAUUCACCAAAUAAAUGUUCUCUUAUUGAGCUUAGGGAAAAUGUUGGCAUCUAGCCAAGACUUUCACGAAGCUGUAGGCAGUCAUCUGUCGUGGCUCUUUCGCGGGAAGUGUGGAACAAAGUAGACCGUGAGGGCUCGCUUCAGCGUAGACUGUCCCUUCAUUUACGUCGGCAGCCUGCAAGAUGUGGCCUAUAGGACCUCAAAAAGGUGAGGGGGCCUGGGUUAACUUACGGGCAGAAGCCUAUCCCUAUUCAUAGGGGAUAGGCUACGGCGUCACGGUGAUCUGGCUUGAGGGGGCUUGAGGGGGUGCGACUCCUCUUACCUGCCCACCAUGCUCCUCAUUUUGGAUAAAAAAAAGCCAACUCAUCAAAGCUACAGUGAAGACACCUUGGUACGGCUGUUUUUGUUGUGAUGAUAGGCGAGGUUUCUAUUUUGACAGAAAACACAUAUUUUCCUCGUACCAAGGGGGGGGGGGGGAGACCGAUAGGGCAGGAUAGGGGGUAAAUGUUUAUUUUACCAAACCGCUCUGUUGGUGGUCUGGCGACAUCGAUGUGGCGCGAAUGACGACCGACGAAAAUCACCCUCUCACAUCUCCAUCCGCUUUAGUCCGAAUUCGGAGAAGAGGACAUGAGGUUGGCAUUGUGGGGGCGGGAAGUCAGCAAUCACUUUUUUGGCUCUGCCGUUGCAUCAACGCUGGCGGUCUGCAAUCGCAAAAACAAUAUUUACAAGGCAGUUUGUUUGUUUUAUGAGGACAGCUCUUUUGGGCGCAGGAAUUGAAACAGAUGUUUGCAUUGCAUGACCGCUCCGUAAGCAAGAGAAUACAGAUGAACAGAUGAGUUACUUGGCUCUCAGAUAUACUCGAGCAAGAAUGGAAGGGCCCAAGACAACGAUCGGGUGAAGGAGCCCAAACGCCCAUGGCCAGUCAAAGGUACCUGUCUUACGGGAAAAGGUGGUAAUAGGGGUUUUACGGGCGGGGCCUAUGCAUGCAUAGAGGAAUGGGAAAAUAAGUAAAGAUAAUUGGUAAAUUCGUUUUUCGGACAGAAAAGUUUAACGCAUUGCCACUUAACAGCCGAAAUUAAGCAGAACAAUUUAAAAAACGGCAUUAAUUGUCUACAGCGAUCGUCUCGCAACUCUCUGAGCUGAGUUCUUUGUAGAUAAUGCACCAGACCGUCUACAAUAGGUGACUUAACCUUGUACGAUGGACCACCAAACCGAAAUAACGGUGCCGGAUUAAAGCCCACUAAAAUAGGUAUAGCAGGUACUCUUUGAAUGCCACAGAUACUCGGGGCCCUUCAUCCGAUCAUUACCAAUUUACGAAGUAACCACAUGCAGGUCAUUUGAACUAACAUUUAUGCAGAAGUGGAAAUUUCAGAUUGUGGUUUACCUGACACACAAACUGCCCGGAAGAAAAAACACUGUUUGCUGACUGUUAAGAGACCCACAGUGCUUCCAAAUAGUUUGAUCCGUUUGGCCUUGUUGAAUAACUGCCCCAGCGAGCAAUUACGUUGCUGAAGACCCCAAAAAUGAAACCCUGUUAAGAAUCCUAAAUAAUAUGAAAGCAUUGUUGUAAUCGAGUUUUCCAAAAAACUGCCCUUUUAACCGACAGGUGCACAAUAAUUUUUGAUUCUAGUCCACAGGCCUCGGAUACUUUAACUUCAGCCUAAAAUAGGCUUCCUAAUUGCAAAUUAAGUCUGCAACAACGUUUAGUAGCUGGAAAGGGCAUUGUCUGUCUACCCACAAUUUAUAAAUGUCCGUGAUUGGCUCUUCUAAAGAUAUUUGGCUGUGAUAUUGGGUGUAGUUAUGUUUUGUAGAUAUAUUGCUUCUCUUCAAAUCCUCUCAUGUCUAAGUAGUAACCGAAGGAUGUCUGUCGCAGAAUUUGUCAUGUGACCUACAGCGGGCCUCUGCAGGAAAUGUUUCAUCUCCACCCGAAGACGGACACUUCGAUAGAAGCGAACAGGCGAGUUCCAGGAAGCAAUUCGAAAGGAGAGGAUGCGAUCACUGGAACAUAAGGUUUGUUUCCUGAGCUUUCGGAUUCUCACUCGAACCCACCACCAGAGGCGACUGCAGAUGUAGGUGAACCGUUUGUGAUGAUGGGCCCGAGUGAGAAUCCAAAAUGUGAGGGCAAUAAUCCUCAUGUUAUUGUGGUCUCACCUUCUGAACUGACACUUUCUCGCCGGUUGAGCAACUAUUCAGGGGCACUUUUGAGCAACAUCUCGGUAGAUUCAUUGGCUAGAUCGCAGUUGGUAGCCAGGAAUGGGAAAGCGGGCGGCGACCUUAACCUUAACCCUAACCCUAACCUCAAACUUAAACGUUAACCGUUAAUAGCAACGGCAACCCUAAUCCUAACCCUCCAAAACCGUAAACGUAACCGUAACCCUUAGACAUAGGCGUAACUGAAAAACCUAACCGUACUACUGAGAUCUAAUUGUACUUUCAAACCCUAACCGUAGUCCGAAAACCUAAGCCUAAACUCAUAACCCUAACCCGAAAAUCGGAAAACAUUAACCGGUACCCUAAUCCUAACCUCAAGCGUAAAACAGAAGCUCAACGGGUUAGAUGUGAUUAUGGAGCCCACAGCAUAGCUCCAGUAAACAACACCUCUCCCCACCUGUAAUACGGGGCCUGGCUACCAACUGCGAUCUAGCCGAUUCAUUGGUCUGAUCACUGCCGGCUGUUGGAAGAGAUGCUCCCAUACCCGAAUGGAUUACUUGUCAUGCAGGAAAAGCACGUAAAAAAACGCCCAAUCGAGGCUAUAAUUGACAGGGUUAGUUUCCUAGUCUGUUUGAAAAAGCAUUACCACCCCUUCGCCUGCUUUGCUGCAGUUCAGCGUUCAUUGGCUUGUGUUUGUUUGUGGACAGUAUGUGGACGUCUUGAUCAAACGUCGCUGUAAAACAUGGGAGACGCGAGAAUGGGGGCCCCCGGUUCAUAGAUGGCCUUGAGCUAAGCUCAGGGUUACAAGGUCUAUUUUUAGGAUUUUGACCAGGACUAGAACGGAUUCGUCAGUUUCACUUUGUUUUCACUGUGGAACUAGCGAUUAUCUUCGUCUUGCAAUGAAGCCUCACACAAAAACGACCGAUUGCAUCUCGUCCCAUUUUCCAAUUCACUAAAACCUACAAAAACGCACGUUAAAUUCAUACGUUUGGUGGUCAUCUGGGAGAUUCCAGGUUUAGGAAUCGGACUCUGUCUAGGACUGGGAGGAUUAGGGCUAUAGGUAUGAGAGUUAAUGUUAGACUUUGGAGGGAAAGUGUUAUGGUUAGGGGUGAAAUUUUUAGACGAGAGUAAAUAUCCCGGGAGUUAUCAUACCGGGUGUUCAUAUUCCCGCGACCAGUCUAAAACAUUUUUAAAUCGUAGUUUAUUUCCGCGUCUCUAACUGUCAACUUUUAUGGUACUUCCUUAAUUUUCCCAGCAGUUGUCAUGACAGCUUCUCCGCGUUUUUCCCCGAAAGGGGACAUAUUUUCAAAUCCCCGCUGAAGACCUUUUUUCCUCAGUCAGAGAGAAAACUCGAUGUGGAGAAUACAGCAAUACAAAAAUUUAGUUUUUAACAAUAAAAUCUAAAAUUUAUUACGAACACAAGCGAAAAUAGGACUCUUAGGAGGCAGUCGAGAUGGAGGGAACGCGAUCUCUCUGACAUUUUGCAGUUAAUGCUCAAACCCAGCAUCGGAAUCGGCAUAGAGCGACGAAGAAUUGCGCAAAAGUCAUCCAGAUUCAGCAUACUAAGCUCCCAAACGACUUCCCCCCAGUCCCACAUUUCCCACCGAUUCCAAAGUCGGUCCACUGAGUGAGUAGGAAUUUGUCUGUCCGUCUCUUUCUCCAUUCCAAUGCAAAUCAAUAAUCGAGACUCCUUUUUAAGAUACUACAAGUUGCAUACUUAGGAGCCGAGAACCCAAGCAAGGUGAGGUUUAUGAAUGCCUGUUGUGUCAUCAUGGAAACAACCGUUUUUUGAAGGUCACGAAAGAUCAGCCCAACUGAAAGUUAUUUGCUUGUAUGGGUGGAUGGAACAGUAGUUCCUACAAAAUUCCGCAACUGCGCUAAGUCCAUUGCCACGAAACGUCACGCGUGAAACGGUAGAGGCCGCGACAUCAUCUAGGUGGUCUAUACCCUAAGUAAGGACGUCUUUUAGUUUUAGAAAUUGUGCACUUAUGCUAUUUUAAUGACUGAUAUGUCCAUUUAACUAGUAUUAUAUCUGUUCAUUUAUUAAUUUAAAAAUCAUUUUUAGAGUUUCGGUUUGCAUUUCAUGAAAUUGUUCAUUGACUGUACAAAUAUAUGAACAUAUCCAGACCGGAAUCACCAAUUGCAGUUCAUUCUUUAACCAAAUUUGUCCAAGAGAAUAUCAGCAGCUUGUAAAAUAAAUGAGAAAUCACUACGUUUCCCUACUAAGGAAAUGUGGCAGGGUUGAUUAGACUUGUAAAAACGUUGGAGCAGUGGGGCAUUAAUAUCAAAGGCGUCAUCAACAUCGUCAGCGUGUUUAGGAGCUCUGAUAUGCCUAACAGUUGUGGAGAAAUUAGCCGGUUGGUCUCAGAUAAGAAAUGAGGCGUGUAGUCAAUUGCUACAGUGGGAAAUUUCUUGCCUUGACUUUUCGGUUUCGUACAUAAGCCAUCACCCAACGAAAGAACAGAUUGAGUGCUUUGGUUUAUGAUACCUUCACUCCUGGAUUGAAAGCGGUGUGAUUUUUCAAUCGCGUCGUUGCCGUUUUGACCGUUUGGAGUCUUGUCUUAUUGACAAACCAAAGAAUGACGGAUUUUCAGUAUGGGGGAUAUUUUUUGAGCAUGCAAAUCACACCGGAAUUUGACAGACUGUACCGUUUUUUCCAGACACCGCGUGGAUCCAAACGCAAAGUGUAACAUAAGUACCGAUUUCUCACAAUGGCCUCUGAUUUGGACAUUUUUCGGUGGAUGUGGCCGUUCUUGUCUCAUCCGGCAUCUAAUAUGAGCGAAGGUCAGUUCAACAAAAGCCGAUCCCUCUAGCUAAAAUUAAGCUCAAGGGGCGAUCGUAGGGAAGCCUCUUGCUAUCUGCUGCAGCAUGACUGCUUAAAAUCGGUUUUCUGAGAAGCGCUAAAUCAGUGCAGAUUGAAUUUCACAGUUCGCUUCUUCCUUCAGUCGACAUGACAGCCGUUUUUAAUCCUUCCACAUAACGUCGUCUAUGGUGGUGCGCACUGAAGCGUCAUAGUGAUAUAAUUUAAACUCUACUGAUCUUAUUUCAAAGUUUUCUCUAGCGACAUCAGAGUCUAGGUUCUGCAGCCCUCUUUUUGAGAGUGGAGGCUCUCCACUUCAUGUCAUUUACAAGGAACUUGCUUCUGAUCCUACCAGUACUGCAUACACUUUCAACCACGAUUCUCACAUAUUCUGGUAAAACCAUGAAAAAGAAACUAAAUAAGAAACAACCACAACAACUAAUGGAAGAGAACUUGGUUCGAAGUAAAUGGCUGAACGCUCCACGUUGUUACACGGAGGAAUCCGAUACUGACUGUGGUAGCUUUCAGUUGUAAUUGCACGCGGAUCUGAUAGAAAGGAAUUAUUUAAUUUGUCAAAAGCCAAAUUAUAUGUGCAUGUUAGCCAAUGACUUCCACUUGACUAUUAAAUGCCACUUUUUCCUUUUAUGUUUCUCUCAUCGACGGCUAUCAUCGAAUAUUCUCUGCAAAAACUCGCGCCCAACAGGCUUGUUGAUUUGACUUAAUUGUAUGACGUGUAUGGUGAGAAAGUGUUGGAAUGUUUAUUUCAUUGCAGAUCUUUCCCCGCACAGUCAACAAAAUUGCACUUCAAAGUUGAAAAUAUGCUCAUGUUUGCAGGGAAGAGAACGUACUAGAACGCAGGGACUGAUUAGGCAGCCAUAGUGGUGCCCAGAAUCUCUAUUGUUCGACCGUCGUUACCGAUAAUGCCUACCGUGUGCUCCACAACAGGGUGACGGUACAUCAUCUCCUGCGCCCUCUCCUCCUCUUCCACCUGAGCCCGGUGUCAUGACAGAGUCAAGAAGAUUGGAGACGGGGGAGGGCGCAGGUGGAUGGCGUGGUCGAGGCCGCACUUCGGCGUUCCAUUCCACACCCUCUGGUCCACACAACAAAUAACCAGGUUUUGAUUAACCACAACAAUGGGGGCCCCAUUGUGCGCGACGUACACCGGCAACCGGGUCCGCCAACGCACCCCGAAAAAGUUGGCAUUUGUUACGGUGCGCAAAGCCGAUAACGCCUGCCAGAAUCCACUAUGGGCCCUCGUGUUGGUCCAGCGCAUCUACCACGUGGCCCGUUUGGGGGAGGGGGGGGGCAAACGCAGACAUACACAAGCAACGAGGUGGCAGAUGAAGGCAAUUGUGGGCAUUAAUGUCCUAACAGCGGGAACAGCAUGCGUGUGGUUUAUGGCCGGAUUUACUUACUACGGGGCGCAAUUGUGCCAAAAGAAAAUCACUGCCAAUAUUUAUUGGCAUGUUCUAGACAAAUAAAUAAAAAACCCGCGAUGGCUUUUGCGUGAGGAUGGUCACAAUGCUUUUAGUUAGUAACCGAAGUAAAAAAUACGACAAUACAAUUCCUUUUUGACAAUGCCCGCAAAGGGGCAUUACAUUCAUCUACUAUUAUCAUUAAAUGGCAAGCAUGGUGUGUCCUUCUAACUGGUCACAGUAUGGAGGAUAAAAACGUGAUACCAUAAAGUUCUCAGAUGCUCAGCUCUUUUGCUCGACGGAAAUGCUCCCCGCAGUUAGUAAGCCCGGUCAUAAAUCACACCCUUGUUGCUAGAAUAUCUCAGAGGCUCUUGGAGAAAGGCCGGAAUUACUAGAGAAAAAAUUAAGCCUUGAAAUGAUGAUGAUGAUGAUGAGGAGGAGGAGGAGGAGGAGGAGGAGGGGGAUGAUGAUGAUGAUGAUGAUGAUGAUGAUGAUGAUGAUGAUGAUGAUGAUGAUGAUUUUGGUGGUGUUGGUUUGGGGGAAAAUGAAAGGUAAGAUCAAUAAGAUUGUGCGGACGAUGCUGUAUUUGCUGCCAGUGGAAUUUAUGAUGAUUGUUAUGAAUUACAUAGACCUGGUGGUCAUCUGGUGGAUUCUAGGGAGAUUACUUAGGAAAUCCUGCUUGUGCAGUCAUCUUACUGUAUCAGAUUUGGUGGAUUCCAGGCGUUGCAGUAGGCUGGGCGGAUAAACUGACCCAAAUUUGAUUAAACUCACGUCCCCCGGCGGGGUCUCGUAGCUCAGGUGGAUAGAGCAUUGGCUGUACUCAAGUCUUCCCUUUGCUGUCGCGGGUUCAAACCCCACUGAGGCGCCGAGUUUUUCACUGUUGAAUCAGUAUGGGUAAUUAUGUUGGAGGGGAUACAAAGUUUCCUUUAUUUUGCAAUAGUCCGAAUUUUCGUUCAGGUAUUCCUUCAGUCAUAGGGCUAUUCGGUCUCCGUCUACACUGUAUCUACCGCUGUGCCUAGCGGCACAAAUACGGAAUUCAGGUAUCUAUUAGGAUGUUUCUUUGUUUCUACAUAUUUGCUUCUGCAGGCAGAACAAUAUUACCGACAAAAACAAGGGAGACUGGAAUGGCCAUUUCUGGCUAGUCAGCCGUCGUCAGUCAGUCAUAUCCAACCCCGAAGUUCGACGUCCCUAACCAAUGAGCCACUGUCGGUUGAUUCUUUGUCACCUAAAUCCAUUUGGGAGCAGAUCGCUGGCGUCCUUCACGUCUGUUGCACAAGGGUUAUACAGGCUUAGAGUUUCGGCUAUGUCUUCAACAGGCUGUCCGUGAAUUCCACUCCACGUGUACUUGCAGAAUAUUAGUCACCCAACAAGGAGAUUCCUGGUCCUGUUGGGACUCGUCUUUUGGCAUUGCACACAGGAGCCUUAAUAGCUUGCCAUCCGUUUGAGCAGUCGCUCUGUCGGUUCUGUCCAUCCUACAAACUACAGGCUAUUCGAAGUGGUUGAAGAAGGGGAUCGGAUGUGGUUGUGCAGUCCCACCUGAAGUAAAAAAAACCCCGGCCACCUCUUCUACGGAACCAGUGGUAAUAGGGGUUAUUACAGGUUGAGAGAUAGUUGCUCCAACCCCUAAGCCUUAAAGCCAAUCCCAACAGUACUGUGUCCAUCAGGUGGGGCUGCAUAACCAAGUCUUACGGAAAACGGCUGAUGACUGGUUUAGUCUGUUAACUGCCGCAGUGCCCUCCUUUUUUGGCGCCGGCGUAGUUUCUGCCGGUUGCUUUUGCAGGAACAUGCCAGUUUUUGUCUGUGAAUGAUCAGCGGAUUAUCCCAAAUGGAGGCUAAUAAUGACUUUAUUCGUGGUCUUUCAACCGAAGGCAUUACAGCUAUCUAUACUUUGAUCUUCAAGGGCCUAGGUUCAAAUUGAACGCGCAGAUACAUGUAAGCACCUCCUGACACUGCCUCAAUAGCAAGUAUCUGCUGCUUUUUGUCUCAAUGUUUUCUUAUUUGAUAAUUUUGAUUUUGGCACCGUCUUUUACGCGAGGUGGUUACCAUCUUUCGCGGGCAACUCGAUGCAUAGAUUUGGCAUAAUUGUCUUUGGGUGGCUGUGAGAGCAAACGCGUCUGAAUGUGCGUCUCGACUUUUCGGGUUUUUGAUGAAUCGUACACUUACUUGAUUAUAUGGCUGUUUUAUAGUCACUUGGCAUGGCUUCUUGAGAACAGAUGAGACUGAAUCCUGGUGUCUGAAAUUGUCGCUGGCCUAGUAGGCAAAGUUAAAACCUGCUGUGUCAGUUAAAAAAUUUAUCGAAUAAGAAUAAAUUACCUUCUUAAACUACUUACCCAGAAUGGAUAUCAUCCUGUCUUCGUCUCUCGAGGCAUGCGACGAUAACGGUUCAAGAUUUAAAACCACCCAGGUGCAAACUCUCCCCUGUGGGACGUGUAAGAUCAAAGGAGAGUUGAAAAACACCAGCUACCGCUAAUACACUAGCCUGCAGAUACUUUGCGCACCCAGCUUACAUACCCAAUAACACGUCUGGCUAUCUCAUCAGAAAAGAAAUCGUCCAUUGAUUGCCAUGCACCGGUUGACGUGCUGUGCUUUGUGACCACAGUGGGAAACCUCUAUCCGACCGUUAACAAGAACACCACCUGGUGAUGAAACGAUGAGGUCGGUUGUUACAAGUAGCCGAGUACACACAGUGUACAGGAUCCGACAAUGAGGUGCCGCGGGUUUCCGGUAACAAUGAUAUCAGCCGAGGCAUGCAUCCGUGGGCAUAUGUAUUUUGGUGUCGCAUGCGAAUUACCCAAGGAAGGUUGGGUACGAGCAGAGCCAAUACCAACAGAGUGGAUGAAUUAGGUGGACACCGCAGCCAUUAAGUCGGAGACUUGUUACUUGAGAUUGGAUUUGCACGCAGACCGGAGGCAGCCAUCAGGCGUCAGUUAAUGAAGUCGAAAAACCCGCUGCCACGGCAUGAAGCAUCUGGAGUCCUUUACCGGAUUUGAUGCAGUUGCGGAUAAUGCAACUACGUCGGAAAAAUCGAAAAACAGCUCCGAACGCGAAUGGCCGAACACGCAGCAGCAGUGCAUAGAAAUGACGCCAGCUCUCACGUUUGGGUUCAUUCGACGAAAUAUGGCCAUAAAUUCAAAUUCAACGAGGCCGAACUUCUCGCUAGAGGUGACAACCGUGUGAGGGGCGAGCUGGCUGACUCAUGGUUCGCUGGCCCCCAGUCUAUUAACUAGUGCAACGACAUUCCGCUUCCAUACUUGGUGCUGAGACUUCGCCUAGGCGGAGUAAUUGGCCACGCGGGGAGCGCACAGGUGAACGCUGUUCCCAAAGCCAGGGUCAGUGGGUCAGAUGGUCCAGCAAUCAUCAUACCAACACCCAACACACGUGAUGAAAUUGCAGCAAUUACCGACGCGAACGUCGGCCAUCAAACAGUCAUCACACCAAGUACAACGAUCUCUGAUGAAGGGAGGAGGAGCUAUGAAUUUUCUUGUGUAUGCGGUAGCAUGGCGACUGCAUCCUAUAAAAACUGCAGGCCCUUGUGCAUGAACCAUCUGUAUCUGCUUUUGUCUCUGAUGAUGGGUUCGAACAGGAACGCUAAACGUCAGGCAAAUAAAGCUAUUGCCCCAGCUAGCGUUUUUUUUUCUUCACGAAUUGCUACUCUAUCCAUCGCGAUGGAGUAUAUUAACCAUGGCAGGGCGCUCACCGUCUUUGAGUGCGGCUGGCCGACGAGGGCUAGUAAGCCAGCAAUGGCCACCCCAGUGACCCUUUUUCUUUGUCGACACCAUGGUAUUUACAAACAUAAGUUGGCGGUGGUGGUGAUGGUGAUGGUGAUGAUGAUGGUGGUGGUGGUGGUGGUGGUGGUGGUGGUGGUGGUGGUGGUGGUGGUGGUGGUGGUGGUGGUGGUGGUGGUGGUGGUGGUGGUGGUGGGUAUAAAACCCAGUGA